AGAGGGCCCUGCAGAGGGAGAGGAGAGCAGAGGGGUUUGGGUGCAGGGCUCUCUGAGGCGGGGGAGCUCCUCGGGGCUCGGGCGCAGGCAGGCACGGGGCGCCAGGGAGAGCCAGGCAGCCUAGCACUGCCCCCAGCCCCAGGGAUGCGGGGGGCAGGAGCUCGUCCUGCCUCUGCCACUGGCUACCUCAGCGGCUACGGGCACAUCCCUUUGGCCAGCGAUCCCCAGUGUUUAAUCGAGACAGCUGUGCAGGGUCUCGCAGUGGGCAGCUGGUGGGAGAUGCCCGGCCUGCUGGCUGCGACCCAGGGGCGGGGGGUCUGUCUCUAAAAGACCGGCUCUGUGCCAGGGCUGCGGGGUCGGGCUCUGUGUUGUGCAUGGGCCCCUUGGUGGAAUAACUGCAGCUGUGACGUGUCGCGAUUCAAGAAGGGAAGCAAACGCAGCAGGGCGGGAUCCCGCGGCAGGCUGUGGACCACGGGCUGGGAAGCCACCCCCGGUGCUCGGUGUCGGCUGCAGGAAUGGCAGAGCUGCUGGGGAGAGCUCGUGGGGGUCCAGUGAGGUCCCGAGCCCCCGGAAAAGAGCCAGUGCAGCGCCCAGCUUUAGGAAAGGGAAAGGAUGGGCCUGGGAACUGGAGCCUGCUCCGUCUGGCCCUGAUAUGCAGAGAGAUCAACGGCAGAUCAGCAAAGAAUUAAGCCCCUAAAAGAGAACGAGGUGAUCAGGAAAUGCCAGGAGUCGCCAAGCACGAGCAGGGCCUGGCCUGGCACAGGUGAUUUCCUCCUGCAACGAGGUGCCGGGCUGCGUGGGGACGGCAGGCGCUUGCCUUCAGCAGGACGUUUGCCCCCACCUCCUAAGACAUUAUCCACACGUUACGGAAACACAAGCUGGAAGAACGGCUGCAAGGUGGGUGCACGACCGGUUGGGUGGUUGUACUCAACAGCAGCUCGAUGUCUAACGGGGUGGGUGUAUCGAGUGGGGCUCUCCAGGGGUCUGUCCUGCACCCAGUCCCCUUCAACAUCUUCAUGAAUGAUCUAGAUGACGGGGUUGGAAGCAAAUCUGCAUUUGGCUCCAAGCCGGGUGGAGGUGCAGGCCCUCGGGCGGGCAGGGCUAGGAUCCAGAGUGACCCGGCCGUGCUGGAGGAACAGCACUGGACGAUGCUCGCUCAGGACAAGUGUAAAGUCCUGCAGUUUGGACAGGACAGUCAGGCCGGGGAAGGACUGGCUGGGCUGCAGCCCUGCAGAGGACCUGGGGGCUACAGUGGACCAGAAGCUGAAUAGGAGCCAGCAGCGGUGUAGGCUGUAAUCAGCCCCAGCUGCUUGAGGGAGAUACCAAAUAGCAUGUGCUUGCAUCCCCUUGCCCAGAGCUCGGGUGAGAGAAGGCAAGGCAAAGGGCAGGAAGCAGGUGAGAGAAAGUGGUGAGCAAGAAGAGUUCGCAAAGCAGGAGACGGGCCGGUGAAGAGAAGUCGGCUCCAUGCCACUUUGAGCCCUGUUAGUGGUUUAUAGCACCGGGGUCUGGUUUAGGAUCACAGACAGUGGGGCUGGAAGGGACCCCGGGAGUCGCAUCGAGUCCGACCCCUGCUCCAGGCAGGACCAGCCCCAGCUACAGCAUCCCAGCCAGGACUUUGUCUACCUGGGUGUUAAACCCCUCCAAGGAGGGAGACUCCUUCACCGCUCUGGGGAGCCUGUUCGACUGCUUCACCACCCUCCUCGGGAGAAAGUUCUUCCUACUAUCCAACCUCAACUUCCCUUGCUGCAGCCUGAGCCCAUUGCUCCUUGUCCUGUCAUCUGCCCCCAUUGAAACCAGUCCAGCUCCAUCCUCUGUGCAGCCCCCCCCCCCCCUGCAAUCCCUAUUCAUUCCCCCUCGGUCUGCUCUUCUGCAGACUCAAUCAGCCCCGGUCCCUCAGCCUCCCUCUGUUAUUGUCUGCCUUCAUUAGGGCCUUCCUCAGCAGUUAUUUGGGCAACCGCCGCUUAUGCAGCUGAUUCAGAAGAGGUAUUUCUGUUUGAGAAUACGUCAAGUCUGCUCCAUCACCCUAUUAGACAGGGUUCACAGUAACAAUAAAAUAACCUAUUAGACUUGUUAUUUUAUUAUCUAGCCUUACUUAGCAAGCACCUGAAGCCAGGACAGGGAAUUGGGUAUAAAAAUCCAGGUCCAGCCGGGAAUGCUGCUCUUCAGCCUCCAGCUGUGGGUCUUGCUGACCUGCCCCUCCGCAGACGGGAGAGGCCGAGGUUCCCGACCCGGCUGAGAAGGCCACUUCCCUGCGGGCCGGCCACUGGGACAGGCUCUCAAGGCUUGACGACAUGCAAGACAUUAAUCUCAAUUUACUGUUUUAGACCCUAAGAACUCUUGUCUGGUUCAAUGUGCCUGACCCGUGUGGUCUUAUCAUUCACUGCUGCAAAAUCAAAAUUGCUAUUAACCUUGAUUUGAAAUUUUUCUCUUGAGUGCUUGGCCGUGGGAGGGUGGCUUCCUGGAAGCGUCCCUGGUCCCUGGACUACCUCUGGUGCCAACGGGUGCUUCUGCUGCCAAAAAGGGCCAGCGGCGUCCUGGCUUGCAUUAAUAGGAAAGUUGCUUGCAAAUCAAGGGCAGUGAUGGUUCAGCCCUGGAGCAUCCUCCCCUGGGCUGCGGUCUGGGCCCCGCACGUGAAGAAGGAUGCGGACAAUUUGGAAAGAGCCCAGCGGACAGCAACAAAAAUCCCGAGACAUGAAUUACGGGGAAAGGCUGGAAGAACCGGGGUGACCUAGUCUGGAGAAGAGAAGAGGAGACUGAAGGGGGGAUCUGAUAAGUCUGCAGAUGCCAGGAGGGAUGGAGACGGGCUGUUCCCUGGGGUGGAGGGGGCAGAGAAGAAGCAACGGUCUCUCCUGUGGGUGUCAGGAGGGAUGAGGGGGUUGCUCUGGAGCAGACUCCCUGGACGUCUGCAAGAGCAGGUUAGACACGUGCUCGGCUGGGCAGGUCACACAGGGCUGACCCGGUCUGGAGCUGGCGUUUGGCCAGGUGUGAGCCCCGCCACCCCACUGCUCUCCCACCCUACGUGCAGGGCCCAAGUGCCGUGGGCUGCCUGUGGCUGGGGUCACUAUGUGGCCAGUGGCGCGCCGCCGGGCCCAGCGCUGUUCCCUGCAUUUGCUAAUCAUUUGGCUGCUGGCACAGAAAGCUUCCUGAGCAAAUAUGUUUUAAACGUUUUAAAAAGGAUGUGGGAAAGUAAGAGUGUCCAAAAGCGGAAGAUGAAAAUGAUGAAGGACUUGGAAAGCGAGGGGUACAAAGACAGCCGACAGAAACAGGCGUGCUCUGCCCUUCCUCGGUGGCGCUGGCUGCGGCACCGACCCCGCCGGGUCCUGCCUGCAGGGUCUUGCCCCGGCACCGACGCUGCGCUGGGGCAGGAAGGGAUUUCCCCCGGCUCAGACUGGUCCGCACUGGGGGGGUUUGCCUUCUGCAGUGGGGGCACGGCCUCUCCCUGGGAUUUUGGAGCGCAUUUUAGCAAACUCCCUCCGGUGCCGGCAGCGGCAGGGCGCUGGCCGUGCCCUCGACCCUGCUUCAGCUGGGGCAGGGCAGGCUGCUCCGCGCAGUGGCACCGUGCCUCUCAAGAGGCCUGCUCGGAGCAGGUCGCACGCGCGCGUGUGCGGGCCGGUGCAGGCAGAGACACCCUGCCCUGAGCAGGGGCUGGACGAGCUGGGACCCCCGCCCCGCGCGCUAGGAUGGGGCUGUGCUGUGUGGGGGGUCCCAACCUGCGCUGGAGGCUCUCCACCCCCCCGCCCCCCCCGCCCUACCUUCGGGGCUGUAGGUGCGUGGAGCGUACGGGCUCCUCCGGCAGUGGGACAUGGCGAGCCCCGCGGGCGGGGGCCUCUGCCCGUCACACCCUGUCACGCUGGCCGCAGCCCCAUGCCCGAGGGGGGCAGGGACCCCGAGGCUUGGCCCCCCCGCAGCCCUGCACCCCUUUGUGACAUCCGCCGCAGAACCGCGCCGAGGUUCUGGGCUGGGGCCGGACGGGGCUGGACAGGGCGCCGUGCUCACGGCUGCCGGGCUAGAAGGGGCAUUGGAGCAUGGUGCCGGGGGGCUCUGGCCGCGCUGGCCCCGCUGCCCCGUGCAGGAAGGGUCCUGCCCCGGCCGCGCGGAGCCGAGCGGGCUGCAAAGUCGCCAGCCCUGGGGGUCCCACUGGGCUCCGGCUCUGAGGUCACCGCUGAUGUCACAAUGCUGCCGGGCGCCGUGCCGUGUCACUGGUGCCCAGCCAGGCAGCCGGGCAGCUGGCCUCCAGCACAGGAGGGUGUGGGGGGGGCAUGGCCAGCUGAAAGACCACCUAAGCCCCCGGACGCCCCACGGCCGCCACCAUGUCGGCGGCCCCCGGCCAGGCCGCGCAGUUGCAGACGGUGCCGGCCGUGCUCCGGCACUACGAGCAGCUGCGGCGGGCGAUCGACGCGCUGCUGCAGGAGAACGACGCGCUGAAGAAGGUGGCGGCGCUGCUGCGCGAGAACCGGCAGAUCCGCAACUACCUGCAGACCCACGCGCACGGCGACCUCUCCGCCAUCUCCAACUUCAUCCCCCUUGCCGCCUCCACCGUCCCCAACGCCAGCGGCAUAGUGCCCGGGCUAGCCCCCAACGUGGUGCUGAACGACGGGCAGGGCAGCGGGUCGUGGAACACCACCCUGAGCGAUGCCACCCUGGGGCUCGUCCGGGGCGGACUCAUCAACAGCGGCGAGACCCUGACGUCCGCCGUGAACCAGCAGUCCCAGCAGAUGGGCGCAGGGAGCCAGCUCGCCAGCUCGCGGGGCCAGAGCUCGCAGGCCCACUCCCGGGGCGCGGAGCCCGUCGUCCGGACCUCCACGCCCCCCACCCAGGUCUUCACCUUUGGGCCCGCAGAGUUGUCGGGCUUCCCGGACGUGACCUACCCAGACACCGUCUUCCAAAGUGCCAACAUCAUGGAAAACAUCCUCAACAACACGUCCGCACUGGGCGCCGCGGCCCCGCGGCCUGGGGCUGCGCCCACCUCUGGGUCCGUGCUUGGCUCCACACCCAUCAUCGGAGCUGGACUCGUGGCCCCACCGGGAGCCGUCGGCGGAGCCAUUGCCUUACCUGGGCCCAGCCUCGCCCAGGCCACUGCCCGCCCGCUCGCCGACACCCAGCGCCCGCCUGACGUCCGGCCCAAGGAGCGCACGCACAGGGUGCCCCGCACCACCGAGCGGCCCAUGUCCGUGCGGGACUCCAUCCAGCCUGGCCUCGGGCCCAGAGACCCCAAGCGUCAGACCUGGGAGCGCAUCGUGGGGGAGAUCGCCUUCCAGCUGGACCGCAGGAUCCUCUCCAGCAUCUUCCCUGACCGCGUCCGCCUCUACGGCUUCACCGUCAACAACAUCCCCGAGAAGAUCAUGAAGAGCAUCAGCAACGGCACCACGUGGCACGUGGACGAGGUCCAGUGUGCGGCCAUGGCCCAGCGGUACACGGCGCUCAUGCAGCGCCUGAGCCGGAUGGGCUACGACCCCCGCAUGCACCCCGCCUUCACCGAGCACGUGGUCAACAGCUACGGGAUCCUGCGGGAGCGGCCGGAGCUGUCGAGCGCCGAGGGCCGCUCCUACAACAACGUGGACUUCCUGCGGGGCGUGGUGGUGGACACGGUGCCCGAGGAGGCCCGGCGCGACGCCCUGCUGCUGCUCGACUGCCUGUACGAGCUGUCCAAGGAUGACGGCAAGCCCCUCUUCAUCUGGUGAAGACACGGCCCCCGCACCCCCAUUAAACACCCAGCACCAGCAGCCUUGCCUGCACUUCAUCGCAGACCGGCGGCCCCACGUGGCCGCAGCCCCGUUCCAGCUCAGCCCAGGCCAGACCCUGGCCAAGCGUGUGUCCUGGGGGCAGCUGCGCUAUGAGGGGGUUUUGCCAGCAAACCACGCACCGAGCCCCAGGCUCUGCUCAGAGACACCCCCGUGGGAACCCCACAGUGCCCACUGGCCCCAUACGCACCUACGCAGACAUACGUGCCCAGCCUGGGGCAUGCACACGUAUGCACACAGCCAU